GUGAUUAAUCAUCUUCAUCAUUAUCUCCAUCGAUGGCUUCGUUGAUUUCCCGUUUGGGCCACUGUGUGACACCCAAUGCUCUUAGGUCCUAUCUUGCCGAGUUUAUCUCUACAUUCCUCUAUGUCUUUGCCGCUGUUGGUUCCGCCGUUUCAUCUCAGAAAUUCACUGCUGGAAAUGUUGCCGGGCCAGACUCAUCGAGUUUGGUGGCAGUAGCAAUUGCUAAUGCAUUCGCAUUAUCCGUCGCCGUGUUUGUUUCUGCUAAUAUUUCCGGUGGCCAUGUAAAUCCGGCCGUCACGUUCGGCAUGGCGGUUGGAGGCCAUAUCAGCAUCCCAAUGUCAAUCAUGUACUGGAUUUCACAAAUGCUUGCCUCUGUCAUGGCCUGCCUUGUCAUCAAAGUUGCUACGGUUGGACAGCAAAUUCCGACUCACGGGAUAAUCCCUUCUGAAAUGACUGGAUUUGGAGCAUCGGUGCUUGAAGGCGUUAUGACAUUCGUCUUGGUUUACACUGUCUACGCCGCGGCUGACAAAAAGCGUGGCUGUUUCGGGGUCUUUGGACCGCUGGCAGUUGGCCUAAUCGCAGGUGCCAAUAUAUUGGCAUCAGGGCCGUUUACCGGUGGAUCAAUGAACCCUGCCCACUCAUUCGGCUCUGCUGUUGUGGGAGGGAGCUUCAAGAAUCAUGCUGUCUAUUGGGUUGGACCUUUAAUUGGGGCAGCCAUUGCUGGUCUAUUGUAUGAUAAUGUGGUUUUCCCUGCUCAUUCCUCCCCUCAGGAUCCUCUUACAGUAACUGCAGAUGGAAGAGUUUAAUUGCACAACCAACUGAUCCCCGUCAGUAGUAAGAGUAGACAUUUAGGAGUUUGGAUUAAUAUUAGGCGACUUAUGAUGAUGAAUUGAUGAUUGAAAUUUGUAUUAGUAGUAAUGUGUUGCAUUUACGUUAAGGCAAUUGUUGUAUCUUCAUCAUUUCUGGUGAACCCGUGUUUUUGUUUGAAUGUUUUAACCAUUAGUUUAGAAGAACUGAUGUUCACUGUUUAU